UUAUAUUUAAAAUCUCUUAGGCCUAAUCUUGGUCUUGAAUCAGGAAGAGAGCAAAGUUGGGUUCGUAGGAAGUCUAUAUACUAGACAGGGCCAUGGGCUGUUUGUGAACUUCUUUAAAAGCGGAAAACCGACCUUUUGCGUGUUCCAUUCUCGAGCUUCGUGUUUUCGGUUUAUCAGUGGAAGAUUUUAGAACGAGAUACAUCCGUCACUUCGCCGCGCUUCACACAAGACUACUUGGACUGACUAAAUGUCGCAUUUAUGGACAUAUUUUGGAGCGUCGUUCAUUUUUUGUUAGUCUUUUACGGAGUUUCAGUUUAGAUUAUAUUAAUAGAGGCAGUGAAAUUGGUAAUAGUCACUAAGUUGAAACAGAAAACGAUGUGGAGACGUUUUAGGAUUCAACAUCUGGAACAGAAAGCGUUCAUCGAACUCAAAUGUUGACUCAUGAAUGGAAGACGAUUCACAUAAGCGUAUAUGACGUCUAUGAGUAGUUUAAGACGUUAAAGUAGUAAAGUAGUUUACUAUGGGACAAACGUGGCGCAUUUCUGUUGUGAUACAUGCUUUGUCGUCCCUGUGAAAAGCAAGAAGAAAGUAAGCUGAGCGUAAAAGGAAAAAUCAGAGAUGGGAGGUGCUGCCAUGCUCACUGUGGCACUCACUGGAAUUUGCCUGUGGAUGUCUACAACUGUAGCAGAUCAGUUGUCUGCGAGAUCAUCAUCAGACGAUGAGCUGCUGUGCACAUGUAAGAACAUUAAAGGGACGUGCAGCAGCGACGGCACCUGCACCGGGUUCCGCUGCUUCUACACGAUCGUGCACGGCCGAGAGGAGAGGGGCUGCUUCCAGAGGGACCACUACAGAGAGCAGUGCACCACCAACGGCAUCCCUGAACUCUAUGUCCACUGCUGCUCACAGAGCAUGUGUAACGCCAACAGCACUUCUCCAACCCCAGUACCUGAACCUCCUCGUUUCCUGCCUGUGGCUGUUCCCCUGCUGGUCCUGCUGCUGGUAUUUGUUGCGGCGUGUGGCCUGGCGAUGUGGAUCCGCUUCAGGCGACAGCACCACCGUCUGGCCAACACCAAGGACCACGACGUCACCAUGCUCAAGGCCCCCAGCAAAGCAGAUCCCACAUACGAGGACAUCUUCGAUGAGUUCUGCACAUCCGGCAGUGGGACUGGCCUGCCUUACCUGGUACAGAGGACCAUGGCUCGGCAGAUUUCUCUAGUGGAGUGUGUCGGUAAGGGCAGGUAUGGAGAGGUCUGGAGAGGCACUUGGAUGGGAGAGAGUGUUGCAGUGAAGAUAUUCUCCUCCAGAGAUGAGCAGUCUUGGAUCCGGGAGACAGAGAUCUACAACACUGUACAGCUCAGACACGAUAACAUCCUGGGCUUCAUUGCAUCUGAUAUGACGUCUAAGAACUCCAGCACUCAGCUGUGGCUGAUCACCCACUUCCACGAGCUUGGUAGUCUCUAUGACUUCCUCCAGUACAGCAUCCUGGACCCUGAGCAGUGCCUGAAGAUGUGCCUGUCCGUAGCCUGUGGCCUGGUCCACCUGCACACAGAGAUUUUCAGCUGCCAGGGAAAGCCAGCCAUCGCUCACCGAGACCUGAAGACCCGAAACAUCCUAGUCAAGUGGAACGGACAAUGUUGCAUCGCGGACCUCGGCUUGGCUGUGAUGCACUCUCAAACCAGCGACUUCCUGGACGUGGGGAACAACCCCCGGGUGGGCACCAAGCGCUACAUGGCCCCGGAGGUCCUGGACGAGAGCAUCCGCAUGGACGUAUUCGAGUCCUACAAGCAGACAGACAUCUGGGCUCUGGGCCUGGUUCUCUGGGAAAUUUCCAGGAGGACCGUUGUCAACGGGAUAGUGGAAGAGUACCGGCCACCUUUCUUUGACAUGGUGCCCUCUGACCCCAGCUUUGAGGAGAUGAAGAAGGUGGUGUGUGUGGACCAGCAAAGACCUGGUCUACACAACAGACUGCACUCUCACGUGAUCCUGUCUUCAAUUGCAAAGAUAAUGAAGGAGUGUUGGUUCCAGAGCCCCCCAGCUCGCCUCACAGCCCUACGUGUCAGGAAGACCCUCUCCAAGCUGACCCAGGACCACGAGUACCCCACAGAGAAACUCAAAAUGGACGUGUAGUCCUAAUGACUCCAACUGAACUGCAAGCAGGAUGUUAAGACCCAAGUAUAAGACUACAACACACCAAACAUCAGGCUUGUAGUCUCGCAUUAGAGAUCGUAAUAUCUUUUUCCACUGCUUAAGACUGUACAGUGUUCCAUGUUUCUGGUGCUUCUUCCUCAAAUACCUCCACAAACCUGAGUAUAUUGCCUGGAUCACUACAUCUGGAAUCCAGAAGUUUGUGUAUUACAUUUGGCAUAUCCAUCUGCCGAGAUCGGGAAUGAGACCAUCAGUUAUGGAACAAUAAGGACUUGGAUUUUUCUAUGGACAAAACCAUUUGUAAUUGCCUGAUUAUUAUUCUGUGGAACAGCUGAAAGGACAUUUCACGAACAUGGUCAUUGUCCUCUGCUGGAGGCCUACUGUAUUGCGAGAUCUGCAGAAUUUAGUAGUUGUCCCUGUGAAAAGCUUUUUCCUGUGAUGGUUUUGGAAUGGAUGUCUCAUCAUUGGCUCAGCAGUAAACCAUGUCGGCAUAAGGCUGUGGUCACGAGGAGACAUGCAUACAUUCAUGUGGGACACUAAAAUCUGCGUAGGAUUUCGUUUGAUAUGGUUUGUAACCAUUUGAACUGCAGUUUGUACAAUGUGUUUCUAAUUUACCAAAUGUUUGACAUAUUACACAGUUGCUAAACCUACGAUAUGUUAGGAAUUCCUUGAUAGGAUGACGGUUAAGGUGAACAUAUUAAGGAUUGCUUCAAGCUUAUGUUCUCGGUUAGGUAUCUGGGUUGAGGUGUAGAUUAGGCUUAGGUAGUACUGUUGUAAAGUUAGGUAUUAUGGGUGGUCAUUUUGAAUGGUUAAGGGUUUAGGUUUUGGGAAAGGCCUGCGAAUAAGACAAUCAAAAAAGCAGAUUGAUUCCCAAUUCCUCUGGGGUCCGAGGUAGACCAUAUCUUAUGAGACAUAAGUAUGUGAUGAGGGAUAAUCAGAGUUCAGUUGUGUCCAAUAUGUACCUGACACACAUGUAUCCGAAAUACAUCGAUUGCCAUAUAAUGGUUCAUAAUCACAUUAUUCAUUAAAUAGACAAAAAGGGAUUGUGGUAAAAACACACUACAUUUUCUACAGAAUGUGCUCUCUUCCACUUGUUUGCGCAGUUUCACUCAUUUUUCAUACAGUCUAUUGCUGGGGCAAACAUUGCCUGGCAUGUUCAAAAAGUCAGUCCAUAAAAGCGCAUUUGAGAUAUCUGAUAGCGGACUGGUAAUUUAACACCGGCGGUGUCCUGACCGAAAGUCAAGCGCGUGUCCUUCACAACAGUCUUCUAAUAUAAGCCUAACGACCACACUUCGCAAUGGAAAAGCUUCUGAUCUCAUAUCUCCAGUGGGAUCAUCAAGAACAUUAUGAAAUAUGGUCAGGAUAUGUCUUAAUUAGAAUAUUGGAUUCAGUCUGUGUUUUCAAUAUUAUUAAGCCCGUCUGAGAUCUGUGGCCACAUUGCUGAUCUGACUUGGGAUUCGACUCUCAACUGCAUCGUUCAUACCCAACCCAGUUGGAUACCGAGUCAGAUUUCUGUACUUCAUAUCCAACCGUACCGAAUGUACCACAUUGUACUAAUUCCAGCAUCCCAGAUGUUUGUACACAAUGGUCUGUUUGUGAGACCAGAUUGGUCUUACAGUGGAAUUGUUGCUAGUGGAUGUGAAUGUCAGGCUAGUGUCUUAUUUGUUUUAAUGCACUAUAGGGGAUUUAUACAUAUUGAUUGAUUUUUUUAUUUCCUGGAAGCUUUUUGAGCUGACGUUAUGCGAUAACCUGGUAAUUCUGCCACUUACGGAAAUGUGUUACAUAAUAGAAACACCUAGCUAAUUAACAAGUUGUGUGUGUGUAUAUAAGAAUAAUUAUGUAUCUUUCACCAGCAUUGGAUAUCCUGUGGAAGAAUUAUUUUAUGACAUUGAUUAUGUUCAUUUUGAUUUGUUUUCAUCUAAAAUGGUACAGGCUAUAUACUUCCAGUACAGAAUUAACAUCGGUAUAGUUACUACCUGUCAACAAUUCUUAAAAGGGAAAUAAAAACAACGUAACAUUUUUAA